CUGGAAAUCCAUUUUUCAAACAGAAAGACGUUGAAGCCCGCACUUCCACAUUUAAUUUUCAUUGUUCCACCUAUAUGAAUGAGAAACUGGCUGAAAGAUGAGCAAAGCAUUAACCAACCAGAAGUAAAGCCCGUCAUUUACAUGUAAAUAUAAAAGAAAGCAGCAAACCUUCCUCCUCCUGCUGCUGCCCUCGGGUUGACUGUGCUGCUCUCCCGGAAUCCUGCUCCAUCACACAGGACAGACCAGCUUCAGAGGUGAUGGAUCAGCUAUAUGCAGUUGGGAAAAAGUAUCCUCGGGAGUCCUAGGUAUUGAUCCCAGACUCAACAUUGCAGUCUCAUCACAUCAGGUUAAACAUGGAUUUUUCUCCACUCCUGGAAGCAGCAGUUAAGGAACCAACCUCAUCCCUGGGCAACAAGAACAGAUGGAUGUCUUGCAUGGAUUGCUUAAUACAAGGUGGCUGCAGUCUUUAGUGAAGGUCUAUGAGUCCUUACAUCAGUACCUGUGGAGAAGACCAUUGCCGGUCAUGCCGCAGGCAUCUGUACUUUGUCAAGAGGUGACAGAGAUACUUAGAGAAGCUUCUCGGUCCAUUGACCUCAGAGAACUACGUUGGCUCCUGAGAAAACCUGAUUUCCAGGCCCUGCUCUCUGCUCAUGAUGCUGUGGCUCAGAAAGACUUUGAACCUCUGCUCCCUCCGCUGCCAGAUAACAUCCCUGAAGAUGAGGAAGCCUUGCGGAUAGUGUGCCUGGUGAAAAACAACCACCCUUUGGGUGCUACAAUCAAACGUCAUGAGGUGACUGGCUCCAUAGUGAUAGCUCGAGUGAUCCGUGGUGGUCUUGCUGACCGUAGCGGGUUGUUGUUCGCUGGGGAUAAACUAGUCGAGGUAAACGGAAUAUCAGUUGCGGGGCUUGAUCCUGAACACAUCAUCAAGCUCCUGAGCAAGUCUGAAGGCAGCAUCAUGUUCAAACUUAUUCCAGCAUCCCAUCGACCAGCAAACUCCUCACAAAGCACGAUUUAUGUCAGAGCGCUAGUGGACUACUGCCCAAGGUACGAUCCCACCAUUCCUUGUCCCGAAGCUGGUUUAACCUUCAGGAGAAGAGACAUCCUGCAGAUUGUCGACCAGAAUGAUGCGCUCUGGUGGCAGGCCCGGAACAUCACAACUCUCUCGAGAUGCGCAGGUCUAAUUCCUUCAAGCAACUUGCUCAAGAGGAAGCAGAGGGAGUUCUGGUGGUCCCACUCCUUCCAAUUGCACACUUGCACCAAAUCAACAGCCUUGAGUACAGUGGAAGAAGAACAGGACAUAGCAAUCGAUGAGAAGUUUGUUGAAACAGAAGAUGCUGAGUUCAAUGGAUAUAAACAAGGAUUGUACAUUGCGGGAUUCAGGAAGAGCAUGCGGCUCUGCCGUAGGAAAUCGAAGAGCAGCCAACUACAGUGCUCCGCUUGCUACCCAAGCAACUGUUAUAUGAGCACAGUGUCACCAUAUGAGGAGGUAGUGAGAUACCAGCGUGGCCCCACCGACAGGCACAGGUUGAUAAUCCUUGUGGGACCCUCAGGUGUGGGAGUGAAUGAACUCAGAAGAACACUGAUUGAGACCAACCCACGUCUGUUCCAAAGUCCAGUACCACAUACCACCCGACCACCAAUCAGCUAUGAGGAAGAUGGCCGGGAAUAUUACUUUGUUUCUAGGGAAACAUUCGAAGCCAUGGCACUGAGUCACAGGUUUCUGGAAUAUGGGGAGUACAAAGGCCAUCUUUACGGCACCAGCAGGGAGGCUGUACGCUUGAUUCUGGAUUCAGGGUUAAUUUGCAUAAUUGACCUCGAACCACAGAGAAUUCCAGAGGCACGAACAAAGGAGCUAAAGCCCUUCAUUAUAUUUAUCAAACCUCCAAGCAUUAGUCGUCUGCAGCAGACUCGUGCACAUAGUCGUAUUAUCACCGAGUAUUAUGUGAACAGGUCUUUCAAGGAGGAAGAUUUACAGGAGAUGCAGGAUGUGUCUGAAAAGAUGCUGGACUACUUUGGACAUUUGUUUGACUCUGUGAUUGUGAAUGAUGAGCUUCAGGACACUCGCUUGCAACUACUCUCUGUUGUUAAAGGGGCACAGGCUGGUUCACACUGGGUGCCUGCAGCUUGGCUCAGUUCAGACUCAGGCUCUUAAUUCCUUUUCCAUGGGGCGUCAGAGGUGGGUGACUUGUUUAGUGGGAUCUAGACUCGAUAUCCAACGUGUGCAGUUUGAUGAGAUAGUGUAACAUGUGCACUGCAUGUAAACCUGUGCUGUACUUUGCCUGGAACUGCACGAUAGCUUUGUGUGGAUGAGAUUUGCUCAGUAUGUAACCUGUGCUAUAACCUGAUGUGAAAUUGUUUGAUGGACAUUUGCCCUACAUGUAACCAAUACUGGACCUGGCCUGGGAAUAUUUGAUGGGAUAGUGUAGAUAAGCCUUUCUCCGUAUCUAACUUGUGCUGUUCCUAGCUUGGGAGUUAUUGAUGCCGGCAGGCCAAAUGGAAAUAUUCUAAAGCUGAGCAAUUUUGUUCUGAUGAGCAGAAAUUUUUCUACAGAAAAGUUGUGUAUAAAAACCUAGGCAUAGUGCUCUGUUACGCUGUGGACCAUGUAUACCCGU